AUGCCGGCGGGCAGCGUAUUUGGAGGGGCCGCCUCGCAGCAGGCCACGCGGCAUGCCAGGAGGAUCUACGUGGGAGGCCUGCCCCCAUCUGCAACGGAAGACGGCGUGGCUUCCUUUUUCAGUAAUGCUCUGGCGGCAGUGGGCGGCACGGUGGCCGGUCCAGGGUCAUGUGUCGUCAACGUAUACAUCAACUUUGAGAAGAAGUUUGCGUUUGUCGAACUCAGGACGGUGGAGGAGACGUCCAAUGCCAUGGCCCUGGACGGCAUCAUGUACGAGGGCGUCACGGAGAACCGGGGAUCGGACAGGAUCUUUGUCGGCGGGCUGCCCUACUACCUCACCGAGGAGCACAUCCGGGAGCUGCUCUCCUCCUUUGGCGUUAUCCGCCAGCUGGACAUCGUCCGUGAUCGCGAGACACAGCAAUUCAAGGGAUACUGCUUUGUGGUGUUUGAGGAGCAGCCCAUGGCAGAGAUGGCCAUGGCUGGCCUGCACGGGAUGAAGAUGGGCGACCGCGCCCUGACGGUGAAGCCCGCCAACGACAACUCGCGCAACAACGACGGCGGGGGCGGUGCCGUGACCAUGGUGGCCCCGCCCCGCGUCGUCCGCCUGCUGGAGGCUGUCACUCCGGACGAGCUGGCCAACGACGAGGAGUACGCCGACAUCAUGGAGGACAUGCGGGAGGAGUGUGGAAAGUACGGCACGGUGCUCCAGGUCCACAUCCCGAGGCCUGGCCCCCCUGACGCGCCCGCGGUCCCCGGCCUGGGCAAGGUGCUCAUCGAGUUCGCGGAGCCCUCCGCCGCCAUCGCCGCACGGAAUGCCAUGCACGGGCGCCGCUUCAGCGGCCGCACCGUGGUGGCCACGCUGCUCACCGACGACGACUACAAGCUGAUGAAGUGGGACUGA